AUGGCAGCUUAUCAGAAAGAGGAUGAACUGGACCGUCUGUUGGUCCAGUUAGAGGGAACACUGAUGAAAUAUGAAACUUGCGGCGAAACUCUGCAAAAUGAAAAGUAUUCCGAAGGCAUCCUGAUCUAUGAAAGGAUCAAAUGUGCAGAAGAAGCCUACCUUGUACAAAUAGAAGGUCUACAGACACAAUCAAAAAUUUCACACAUGAAACGCCUGCAAGAAAAGCAAGAGCUACUCCGCUCACUCAAGGUAAAACUGGAUGCUCUCAAGGUUAUAGUAGAUAAUAAUGAACAUAAGCAUCUUGAUACCGGAAAUGAGUUAAACAAUCUUUCCUACAACGCCAAGCUCAUUGUUUGGGGAAAUGACCUUCAAGAUAGGACACAGGAAUCUAUUAAUAGAAUCAGAGAUCUCACUAUAGAAUCUGAAAAAAUUGGAGCAGAUGUAACUGCUGAUUUAGAAAUGCAAAGCGAAAAACUCAACGCUGUCAAAUCAACCGUACACGAUAUCGAUGAAAAUAUCAUUAGUGCAAAUGCGACAAUCAAGCAAAUCGCAAGAAGCAUAUUCAGAGACAAGUGUACAAUCAUACUCAUCAUUGUAAUCAUACUACUCGCUACUGGUAUAGGACUCUUAGCCUUCCUUUCCAAGGAUAAAUAA